AUGGAGAACGGCCAUGAGGAGAGCUUGGCCGAGAGAUUUUCCGGGAUGGGUCUCAACGAUUCUUCUCGUUUGCCGGAAAACGACUUUAAAAAUGACAGCUUGUUGCAGGUUAUCAAAGCUGUUGAAGCUGCAGAGACCACCAUCAAGCAGCAGGUGGAGGAGAAUAGCCGUUUAAAGGCUGAACUUGAGAGAAGUACUUUGGAACUUGCUAAAUAUAAAUCAGAAGAAUCAUUGCCUCAAACAUCUAAUCUUGGAGAUCACUCAAAUACUACCACUGUGCCGCCCCUGGUUCACCAGCCAGUUGACUGGAAGCAGAGUGUGAUCAAAGCUUCGGAUGCUGAUUCAUUGGGCAUGCUGGUUCUUCAUCCCCACGUGAAUGCUAAUGGCGAAGAAGCUACUGUGAGCAAUCGUAUUGAAAGCCAGUCUGAGGGAAAUAUGAUUAAUGGCUUUGUCAGAGAAGCUAUUGGUGGUGCUGGCCCCUCUCAAUUUUAUUCGUCAUCUACAGUAUCAUCAUCUCCUAUGAGAACGCGGUUGGAAGGAGAGCAUGUCACACAUAUUGAUUCGUCUACUCAUGGAUGUAUGCCAGUUGGUGAAGUAAAUAAUUCGGGCAAUGUGUGGAAGCAGGACCUCAUACGCAAGGUCCAGGAAAAUGAACAAGAAAUUUUGCAGUUGAGGAGAUAUCUUACUGACUGUUCUGUUAAGGAAGCCCAAAUUCGCAGUGAAAAAUAUGUUCUGGAAAAGCGAAUUGCCUACAUGCGUCUGGCAUUUGAUCAACAGCAACAAGAUCUUUUUGACGCUUCAUCAAAAUCUCUCUCUUACAGACAAGAGAUAAUUGAGGAGAAUAUACGCCUAACAUAUGCCUUACAGGCUACCCAGCAAGAAAGAUCUACAUUUGUAUCAUACUUGGUGCCUCUUCUAUCGGAGUAUUCUCUACAACCACAGGUUUCUGAUGCACAGUCAAUUGUUAGCAAUGUGAAGGUUCUGUUUAAGCAUCUUCAAGAAAAGCUUCUUCUUACUGAGACAAAGUUAAAGGAGUCAGAAUAUCAAUUAGCACCUUGGCAGUCAGAUGAGAACCACUCAAAUGAUUCCCCUUUGGCUCCAUCGCGUGCAGCUGGUGUAGCGUUGACCCACUCAACAAAGGAUUCCCUGUAUGCCCAUGAUCACACAGCCAAAGACUGGGAUUCAGAGCACCGGCAUCAAGAAGAUCCAGGUAGCUCAGCUGUGAGGAAUUACCAUCUUGAUGGUCAUAUAAGGGUUUCCCCGCUGGUGAACAGUCAGUCGGCACCCUUUAAGAUGUCGGUGCAACCAGGUACUAAUGAAGACGAAUCUCGUGGCCGCAAGCAAGUAGACGAAACUCCACCUAAGCAUGUUCAAUUUCGUGAGCCUCCCAGCAAGAUGGUGAUGGGCGAUGUAGAUGAAGAAGGACAAUCAGAUACCAUGAAUCCACCAUAUGUGCCUGCCUUUGAUGUUCCUAGCUCCUCAAAUUCUCCUCUUUUGUCCCCUGUUCUUGAAGAACCUUCUUCUUCCUUUUCUGAGGCUGGGGGUGAUGACCCGUUACCAGGUAUAGAGGACCUCCAAAUUUCAGGAGAGCCUUAUCCUGGACAAGAGCUUCAGGCUUGUGGUUACUCCGUUAAUGGAACAACAAGUUGUAAUUUUGAGUGGGUAUGCCAUCUAGAAGAUGGAUCUGUGAAUUACAUUGAUGGAGCAAAGCAGCCAAAUUAUCUUGUCACUGCUGAUGAUGUUGAUUUAUAUCUUGCUAUUGAAGUUCAGCCAUUGGAUGACCGGAACCGCAAGGGGGAGCUUGUGAAGGUCUUUGCCAAUGACAAUCGGAAGAUCGCUUGCCAACCAGAGAUGCAGAGCCAUAUAGAGAAGACUCUUCAUAGUGGUCAUGCUUCAUACAAAGUUUCCCUUGCGACUGGUUUCCUGGAUAUAUGGGAAGAAGCGACCUUGUCUAUUAAGAGAGAAGGUUACAAUAUCAGGUGUAAUAACGAUCUCAUAGCUGCAGAAAAGUUCUCAGCUUCAACUGCUGUAACAAUUCCGUUUGGGCAACCUGCAGAAUUUGUCAUAAUUGGUUCUGAUGGUACUGAGUAUUCCUUACGAGCCGAUAAUGGAUCAACAGAGCUUGGCUGCUCGAGAGAUGAAAUAGUACUCACCCUAAGAUUAUUUAUCAUGAGGGCUCUGCAGAGAAAGAAGGGAAAGAAGAGAGGAUUUUUGUUUAACAAAUGA